AUAAAGCCUAGCUACUUAAAUAAUUAAAUGCAUCUCCCUUUUCUUUCAAUCUCUCAAAUUCUUCUCCCUUAAGCCUCAAAAAGUCCAAAGCCUCCAUGUUUUUCUUCUUCACCAUGAACAACACAAUUGUAGAAGAUACUGAAGGUCCUCAUGAUAUUGAGUUAAGUGAAGAAGCCUUUGGGAAGAAUUAUGCCUAUGGAAUUGGAUUUUCACUUGGACUCCUAAUAAUAUUUUCAGUCAUGGCCUAUGCUUCUUACUUAUGUAUCCAAUCGCGAUUGCGCAACAAUCCUAACGUGCCUAAUAAUUCACCUUCUUCUCAUGGUAGCUCCAAUAUGACCACUAGUACCAUUGAUAAUGAAUUGGUUUUUAUUCAACAAGGAAUUGAUGAAGAAAUUUUAAGAAAUUAUCCAAAGUUAUUGUAUUCUCAGGCAAAAGUUCAUUAUCACAAAGAGGAUAUUGAUGAUGAUAUUGCCUCUGGAUGCUCAAUUUGCUUGGCUGAUUAUAAAGACAAUGAUAUGCUAAGGAUAUUGUCUAAUUGUGGUCAUAUUUAUCAUGUCAAUUGUAUUGACCCUUGGCUAAGGCUUCAUCCAACUUGCCCUAUUUGUAGAAAUUCUCCACUUCCAACUCCAUUACCUACUCCGUUGGCAAUGAGGUAAAGUUGAGUCCAUCACUCAUCAACUAUUUCAUCCUAAUCAUUCAGUAUUCGAAAUUCAUUAGUCUGAUAUAUUUGAAUUUGCAUCGCGCAAGAUUCACCGAAGGGAAGCUCUAUUUAAGAAUUUUUUCCGUCCUCAUGGCUCGGGGGCAUCACUCUUAAUUAAGAGUAAAGUAAUCUCAUCUAUUCCACCAUACUCCAUCCGUGAGGAUCACCCCUCAUCAACAAGCUUGUUCAAGAGGAUAUUUGGUUUCCUUCCUUUUUUUUUUUUUUUUUUUUUGGUUGAUGCUCUCUCUCUCGCUCUUUUUUUUCUUUUCUAAAAGUCUGUAUAAAAUCUAAGUGACCACACUCUUUAGCUUAUUUAGAUGUAAAGAUGAAGUAAAUACUACCAAAUUAGGGAAUUUUUGCAAAGUGCCGUUCUUUUCAAUUUGUUUUCUUGUCCACAUGUGUUUGUAUUUUUUAUUUCAAACAUGUAUAAAUAAUACUGUCUUUUGGUAUCUUUUAAA